AAAGGUCCUGCGUUCUUACAAAGAAAGGAUGGCGGAGAAGGUCAUGAAGGUGAGCGUGAGGGAUUCAACGAUGGUGAAGCCGGUGGAGGAGAUGCCUCCGAGAGCAUUGUGGUUGUCCAACUUGGACCUGGUGCGUCGUGUCAAUCACAUGCCGAGCGUCUACUUCUACAAGCCUGAUCAAAACUGUAGGUCAAACUUCUUCGACCCGGCGGUGCUAAAGCACGCGCUAUCCAAGGCCCUCGUGCUCUUCUACCCCUUGGCUGGCCGUCUCAAGCAAAACGGGGGCCGUUUGGAGAUCGAUUGCAAUGCGGAGGGAGUGCUGUUUGUUGUGGCGGAGACCACCUCUGUUGACCUUGAUUACUUAGGCGACUUUGCACCCACUGACGAGUUCAGCAACCUCAUUCCCUCUGUUGAUAGUUCCGUUGGCCUUUCCUCUUAUCCCCUCCUGGUGUUGCAGGUCACAUACUUCAAAUGCGGUGGAGUGGCAGUUGGUGUUGGUAUGUCACAUUGCGUAGCUGAUGGAGUUUCUGGUUUCCACUUUAUAAAUACAUGGUCGGAAAUGGCUCGUGGUAAUCUUGAUGACCUUACAAAUAUUCCGCCAUACAUAGACAGGACAUUACUUCGUGCCCAAGACCCGCCUCAGCCUAACGUUGAGUACCAAACUUUUGCAACCCCAAAAAAACCUCUCUGCAGCACAAAAGACGGUGGUGUUGAGAGCACAACAGUCUCAAUGUUCAGAUUGACGAGGGACCAACUCAGUAUCUUGAAAGCCAAGUCUAAGGAAGAUGGGAACACGGUCAACUAUAGCACAUUUGAGAUAUUAGCAGGUCAUGUUUGGAAAUGUGCAUCCAAGGCACGUGAACUUCCCGUUGAUCAAAAGACCAACCUAUAUGGUGUUGUUGAGGGACGUUCCCGACUGCAACCCCCACUCCCACUUGGUUUCUUUGGCAAUGUGAUUGUCAAUGCUACCAUUAUUUCCACGGUGGGGGAUCUCCAAUCAAAACCAACAUGGUAUGCUUCAAGUUGUAUUCGCAAUGCUAUAUCGCAGAUUAACGGCAAUUAUUUUAGAUCAGCAAUUGACUUCCUUGAGCUUCAGCCUGAUCUUUCAGCCCUUGUUGUCGGGGCUGAUUCUCGUAGGUCCCCUAAUAUUGGAAUAAAUAGUUGGGUUAGGUUGCCAUCUUACGACGCUGAUUUCGGAUGGGGUCGACCUAUUUUUGUGGGACCUUGUGGAAUUCCAUUUGAGGGGACGGCUUUCGUAUUAGGAAGUGCAACUAAUGAUGGGAGUUUAUCAGUCGCCAUUUGUCUGCAAUCCAAGCAUAUGAAAUCAUUUUCAAAGUUGUUCUAUGACAUACAAACAAGCAAAUGAUAAUUUGGCAGGGGACUUGCGAUUUUAAAGAUGCUGGAUCUGAAGAUUUGUUGUUUAUGGUUUUUAUGUGUGUUGCUGUAGUAUUUUUUGUUGGCCAUGUUAUAUCUUUGUAUUGGUUGUUGAAUGUCUUGUUUGUUAUGACUGUUAUUAUGAUCA